AUGGCCCCUCCUUCGGUUGACAUGGCCUCCUCACCACCUCCCGAGGAAAGUAUCGAGAUCCAGGAUCAUCCUGACUGGCAAAGUGGUGACUUCACUCUCAUCUCGAGCGACGGGUGGCGUUUCAAGGCACCUUCGUACUCGCUGUUUCAUGCCAGUGCAGUUCUUCGAGACGCACCAGCCGGUGGUCCGCUAGAGAUCACCUUCACGGACGAGUCGAUCGAGACGAAAGAAGUUCUAGAGCAGUUCCUCUCCCUGGUGGUGCACUCUAGGCUCGUCCCACGCAAAGAAGACGACGAACUCUGGAAGACAGUCUGCAAACUCAUCCCGGGUCAGACGCUGGACAUCUUCCUUGACCUCAUCUCCUUCCUUCACAAGUACGACUGCACUCCGACGCUGCGCAGCUUCUGCGGGGAAGUUCUCAAGUUCGUCAGCUUUGAGGCCAUCUCACCGCUGGAUGGCUUUGCCCUUGGUGCAAUCGCGGCUGACGACGACCUAUGUGCGGCAAGUUUGGCCAUGGUCGAUUUCUCCAGCGAGGGCGAAGGGUUGAAGCUCGGUGACAUUGGUGCGUUUGUCUGGGAGCGGGCAGGGCCACGUUACCUGUACGCCCUGACCAAGACCAAGCAAUCAUUCGAGGUUGAUGAAGAUGAGGAUCCCGUUGCCAGAACGUUUUAUUACUACCUCGACAGAGCGGCCUCCAAAGAGUGA